GCGCAAGUGCAUCAGUGUAAAUGAAAACGUGAGUCGGCGGUAAACAUCAUUUAUUUGCAAAGAUGUCUGCGAAAGGAAAGAAAAGAGUUUUGGAAAACCCAGAAGAUUCUCCAGGUACACCCGAAAAAAAGACACGGACAACAAAAACAAAUGCUGCUAAAAAUACAAAAUCUACAGAAAAAGGAGUGAAUGGCAAGACAAGUGAUAAAGCUACCACAAGUGGAAAAGAGAAUAAAUUAAAUGGUAAAACUUCUACAGCUAGCAAAGAUAAGAAAAACAACACAGUAGCUAAGGAAAAUGGAAUCUCAAAAGAAAAAGUUGAUAAAAAUCUUUCAAAAAUAAAAGUUAGUCACAGAUCUCAUGGUUCUGUUAUGAAAAAGGGUGUUGUACUAACAUGUGGUGAGGGUGAUGUUGGUCAACUUGGAUUAGGUGAAGACAUUAUGGAGAAAUCACGACCAGCAUUUGUUGAACUACCAGAUCCUAUAAUACAAGUAGCAGCUGGUGGCAUGCAUACUGUUUGUUUAACAGAUAAAGGAACGAUCUAUACAUUUGGUUGUAAUGAUGAGGGAGGAUUGGGUAGAGAUACAUCAGUAGAAGGAUCAGAAACUAGACCAGCUUUAGUUGACCUACCAUAUAAAAUAGUUCAAGUUUCAGCAGGAGACAGUCAUACAGCAGCUCUUACAGAAGAUGGAAAAGUGUUUGCUUGGGGGAAUUUUAGGGAUGCUAAUGGGUCUAUAGGUCUAACUAAAUCAGGUAUAGAGAAGAACCCAUCACCAUUAUUAGCAAAUGAAGUAGUUGUUAAAAUAUCUUCAGGUGUUGAUCAUUUAACUUGUUUAACAGAUAAGGGAGAUCUUUAUACAUUAGGAUGUGCUGAACAGGGUCAACUGGGUAGAUUAGCAGAAUGUUUUACUAAUAGAGGUGGAAGAAAAGGUUUAGAAAACUUAUUAAAACCUGGAAUUGUGCGAUGUAAAAGAUAUAAGUCUAGAAAAUUGGCCAAAUUCUCUGAUGUGUGGACAGGACAGUAUGCAACAUUUGUUGAAGAGAAAGAAACUGGAGAUAUUUAUGGUUGGGGUUUAAACAAUUAUUACCAACUAGGUUUUGCAGAUAUGGAAAAUCGAUUUGCACCAGAAAGAAUAGAAUCAUUUUGUCGUGGUGUUAAAUGGGAUGUCAUAAAUGGUGGUCAACAUCAUACUAUAGCUUUAGAUACAGAUGGUAAAGUGUAUUGUUUGGACUUAUUUUAA